AUGCCUUCUGCCAUCUCCAAGGUCGAGCUGCAGCGCGUCAAGGCCGACGUCGGUGUCGAGCGAAUCCUCGAGAUCGUCCGCGAGGAUGGCGGCGUGAUCAUCAAGGGCUUCCUAACGCCCGAGCAGGUGCGCGACUUCAACAGCGAGCUCGAGCCGGCCAUGGCACAGGUGGUGCCAGGGUCCAUGUACAAGGACAAUCAGUUCAUCUCCGACUUCCACGGUAACGAGACCAAGCGGCUCACCAACCUGGUCACGCACAGCAAGACUUUCCGCGAGCAGAUCCUCGAUAUGGACCUGGUGCACGACCUGGCCACGACCGUGUUCGAAGAGGAAUCGGGCUCGUACUGGAUGACGACGGCACAGGUCAUUGAGAUCGGACCCGGAAAUAAGGCGCAAAUCCUGCACCGUGACCUCGAGAACACACGGCCGUACGUCGACAUGGGCCCCAACGGGCCCGAGGCCAUGAUCAACUUCCUCAUCGCCCUGUCCGACUUCACGGAGGCGAACGGGGCCACGCGGGUGAUUCCCAAGAGCAACCACUGGCCCGACUUCAACGAUCGCGGUACCCUGGACCAGACCAUUCCCGCCGAGAUGGACGCCGGCGACGUGCUCUUCAUCUGUGGCAAGGUCGUCCACGGUGGCGGCGCCAACGUCACUGCUGAUCGGCGCCGCCGCGGCCUUGCCUUCACCUUCCAGCCCAGCUUCCUCACGCCCGAAGAGGCCUACCCCUUCCUCGUCGACCUAAAGACGGUCAAACAGAUGUCCACCCGGGCCCAGCGCAUGAUUGGCUUCCGCUCCCAGUUCCCCAAGGGCUCGCCCGGCCUGUGGCAGUCCGACUACAAGGAGAUUGCCGACUACAUUGGCCUGUGA